CCUUCUUCCCCCUCUUUCCUCCUCCUGCGCCGCCCCCAUCCGCAGGAGAUACGGCGCCCUUCCUCUCCCUCUAUCCCUCCCCCAUUCCCGAUGCCUUCUCUUCUCCUCUCCUCCCCCUCGGAGCUAGAUGACCUCAAUAAGUUGAAGCACAAAAAGUCCAAAAAGGCGGCAUCCAUGGCCGCCGACCUCGACCUGAACGGCUCCGUAGAAGAGGAGAAGAAGAGCAAGAAGAAAAAGAAGAACAAGAACCUCGAAUCCGAGGACGGGGAGAUCUACAACAGCGACGGCGAAGGCUCGGAGAAGAAGAUUAGCAAGAAGAAGAGAAAGGCUUCUGAUGAAGAGAGGAGCGACACCAUCUCCGACGCGGCGGCGAGGGCGAACGGUUCUGCUUUGAAGAAGCCGAAACUCAGGAAGAAUGAUGAGGAUGAGGAGGUGAUCGCGAGAGGAGAGAACGAGGGUGCUGCGAACCCGAAUGCGGUGUCCAAAUUCAGGAUAUCGAAGGUCCUGAGGGAGAAGUUGAAGUCCAAGGGAAUUGAGUCGCUGUUCCCUAUUCAGGCGAUGACCUUCGAUUCCAUACUUGAUGGGUCUGAUUUGGUCGGCCGGGCACGGACCGGUCAGGGUAAAACCUUGGCCUUUGUGCUUCCAAUUUUGGAGUCUUUGACAAAUGGGCAGUACAAGACAGCUAGGAAAACUGGUUGUGGAAGGCCUCCGAGUGUCUUGGUGCUUCUGCCAACUAGAGAGCUUGCAAAUCAGGUGUAUGCAGACUUUCAGGCUUAUGGUGGUGCAGUGGGGUUGUCUUCAUGCUGUUUAUAUGGAGGAUCUCCUUACCGUGCUCAAGUACUUGCUCUGAAACGGGGGAUUGAUAUAGUUGUUGGAACACCUGGGCGGAUAAAGGAUCAUAUAGAGAGGGGAACUCUUGAUCUAAAAUUUUUGAAAUUCCGUAUCCUUGAUGAAGCUGAUGAAAUGUUGAAUAUGGGCUUUGUUGAUGAUGUCGAACUAAUUCUUGGUAAGGUUGAGGAUGUCAAUAAAGUCCAAACACUUCUCUUUAGUGCUACCCUGCCUGAUUGGGUGAAGAAGAUCUCUGCAAGGUUUCUGAAACCUGAUAAGAAAACUGCUGAUCUUGUUGGCAAUGAGAAGCUGAAGGCUAGUGCUAGUGUUAGACAUCUUGUUCUUCCCUGUACGCGUCAAGCAAGAGCACAAAUUAUUCCAGAUAUUAUCCACUGUUAUAGCUGUGGAGGCCGUACGAUUAUUUUUACCGAGACAAAGGAAUCUGCAUCUCAACUUGCUGGAUUGUUACCUGGGUCAAGGGCUUUGCAUGGAGAUAUAGUGCAAGCUCAACGGGAAGUUGUACUUGCUGGAUUUAGGAAAGGCAGGUUUUUGGUUUUGGUGGCCACAAACGUGGCCGCACGUGGCUUAGACAUCCACGAUGUGCAGUUGAUUAUUCAGUGUGAGCCCCCACGUGAUGUUGAAGCCUACAUUCAUCGUUCAGGGCGAACUGGGAGGGCAGGCAAUACUGGAGUUGCUAUAUUGCUAUAUGAGCCCAGAUAUUCAUCUAGUAUUUCUAGAUUAGAAAGAGAAUCAGGCGUCAAAUUUGAGCACAUCUCUGCUCCGCAACCUGCUGAUGUUGCUGAAUAUGUUGGUUCUGAUGCAGCUAGAGCUAUCUCAAAUGUCUCUGACAGCGUGAUUCCAGUUUUUCAGUCACAAGCAGAGCAACUUUUGAGCUCCUCUGGUUUAUCAGCUGUGCAUUUGCUUGCAAAAGCACUGGCAAAGGCUGCAGGAUACACUGACAUAAAAAAAAGAUCACUGCUCUCUUCUAUUGAGAGCCAUGUAACCCUACUUCUUCAGGCAGGAAAGACAAUCUACUCACCAGCGUUUGCUUUUGGUAUAUUGAGAGGAUUUUUGCCUAAUGAAAAGAUUGAAGGGGUGAAGGGCCUUUCUCUUACAGCUGAUGGAAUGGGGGCAGUGUUUGAUGUGCCUGCUGAUGAUGUGAAUGCAUUUACUGGAGGUCAAGAAAAUGCUAACAUGGCAACCAUUGAGGUCUUGAAAAGCUUGCCUCCUUUGCAAUGUAAAGAUCAGUCCAGAGGUGGUGACAAAAGACGAGGUAGGUUUGGUGGUGGCAGAUUCUCUGGUGGGAGAGGUGGCAAUGGAAACUCGGGCAGAAGAAAUGGAGGGGGUCAUGGGAAGGGAGAUGGUGGGGGCAGAAACAGGUUCAACAAGAGGAGGUAAUGCGGUUUUUGUUGGCAAGACAUUACGAAAAGGAUAAUCUUUGUAUGAUUGAAAAUUUUGAGAGCUUUCCAUGCGGGAAUCUACUGUCCUUGGAGAGAUUUAUUCCAUAGAAUUGGUUUAAGAUUAUCUCUAGCCAUCUUUUUUUUUUUUUUGCUUUUUAAACAAUUCCUUACAGCUAUCAUUUAAUUGGAUUGCAAAUGGUUAAUGUGCUAAAAUUACCGUAGAACGGUUCUGUUGGAAUACUGAAAGUGUGUGAUUUCAUAUAGUGUCA